CGUUUCGAUACCGACAGUACUGCUGUGUCCUCGCAAACGCCCAGCUGGAACUUUGUCAAAGGCCACAAAUACCAGUGAACCUUAAAACUGCUCAAGUCAGACGAUCAUGGGCCGACCGACGUCUAAGAAAACCCUUGGACUUGGCAAGUCGUUGAUAAAUGAUCAAUAUCGACAUGGUCAGCACUCUGCGCACUCCUCUCGGCAUGCUGCCGACGUCGACAGUUACGGCUCCAACGCGAAUUUACGUUCCGUCACCCAAGAGAGGCCGCUUGAAGAAUUUUUGAGCACUGCUGAGCUUGCCAACACAGACUUUACCGCUGAGAAGCAGAACGUCAAGAUUAUCGCCACCGGCCAAUUUAACCCGUAUUUAUUGACGCCGGAGCAGGAGAAUGAGCGGCGUGCGAAGCAUCGUCAAUUCGUGCAAUCUUUGACAGUUCCGCGACGCCCGCCAUGGACUUCUGACACAACCCCGACGGAGCUUGACAGGAACGAAAAGGAUGCCUUUCUAGCUUGGCGCCGUCAUCUAGCAGAGCUACAGGAGAAUCACGACCUAUUGCUGACACCAUUUGAGCGCAAUCUCGAGGUUUGGAGGCAAUUGUGGAGAGUCAUUGAACGAUCAGAUCUCAUCGUGCAGAUUGUGGAUGCCCGGGAUCCCUUGUUGUUUCGCAGUACAGAUCUGGAAAACUAUGUCAAAGAAAUUGAUCCUGCCAAGCGCAAUCUGUUACUCGUUAACAAAGCGGACCUCAUGACACCCGCUCAGCGACGUGCUUGGGCGCAGUAUUUUGACGCCGAGGGCAUCAGAUACAGUUUCUUCAGCGCCCACAUGGCCAAGGAAGAACUCGAACGUCAAGCUCACACGCAAGAUGCGCCGUCGCCUAGACAAUCGCAAUCAAGUGCCAGUUCCGAAGAAGGGGAAACAUUAGAAGCGGAAUUUUCUGACGGCACCCUCUCAUCUGCCGAGAGCUUGGAGAGCUUGGAACCUGUUGGCUCAAAUGUGCUCCAACCGUCUUCUGGUUCGGAGGGAGCGCAAGACCCAACAAUCUUGACGAUUGAUCAACUAGAAGAGCUCUUCAUCGCUAGUGCGCCCAAGCCUUCGCUCGACGAGAGCGGAGUGCCGCUGAAGCUUUCAAUCGGACUAGUCGGCUAUCCUAAUGUCGGAAAGAGUAGUACGAUCAAUGCUCUUGUAGGAGCCAAGACUGUAUCUGUUUCUUCCACGCCAGGGAAAACAAAACACUUCCAAACAAUCCAGCUGUCCGACCAAGUCGUCUUGGUAGAUUGCCCCGGACUAGUAUUUCCAAAUUUCGCUUCUUCGCAGGCCGAUCUGGUCUGCGCCGGAGUGCUACCAAUUGACCAACUACGGGAAUAUUCGGGGCCAGCAGCGCUAGUUGCACAACGAAUACCGCGCGCAUACCUUGAAGCUGCUUAUGGCAUAGUCAUUCACAUGAAAAGUGAAGAAGAGGGAGGCUCGGGCACACCCACGGCGGAAGAGCUGCUCACGGCGUAUGCCCUAUCGCGAGGUUUCACAAAGGCCGGACAAGGCAACCCAGAUGAGAGCAGAGCCGCCCGCUAUGUGCUCAAAGAUUAUGUUCUUGGGAAGCUUCUUUACGUUGAGCCUCCUCCCGACACGGUCUCCGGUCAAGAGUUCAACCAGGAAUCUUAUACAACAGAUCACUUUGCAACCAAGAAACGAGCUCCGGCUUCUCAUGUUCCUGCUCAUGCAAGUACCUAUGUCAACCAUCCAAUCGUGAGGCCUUCCGGAGGACUGGCAUCUGGUCGAGUCGACGAUGCCUUCUUCGACAGGAACAAAGAGGUCAAUGCGAAAAUCAAAGGCCAACAGAGUUUAGCUUCAAGAGGUGCCCGAGGCACCGUCAACGGCAAAGUUAUCAUGUAUCCGUACCAAGAGCGCUUGAACGAUGAUGGCUCGAAAAAGAAUGACAUCCCUGUUGGAAAAAUGCUGACAGGGCGCAAAGCGCGACUGAUGGCCGACAUUGAUUCUGGUGCGAAUGCUGAAAAAUCUUCGAAGAAACACUUCAAAGCGAAUCGCAAGCAGAAAGUGCGCCCUGCCAUGAACUAAGUCUGCAAGCACGUUCACAAUGCUUUGCAAGAGCUGCGGCGAGGUCUUGUCAUUAUCUUCAUUUGGCCACUCAAUCACUCGUUCAACGAACAUGAAACUCGAGCGGAGAGAGCACUUGAGGGCCAAGUGUCUUCAGGCCUGUCAAUCAUUGACACGGCAUUCUUGCAGACCCGACGCACCUAUGAUGGUAAGGGAACGCCGUGAAAAAUAUCGCAGACAAAAUUUCAGCCAAAAAUUUCUAUCACAAAUAAUAGAUAGAUUUGGUCAAUGUGCAAAUACGCAUUGAGGCCUAAACAGAUCGCUCGCCUCACGGUGGCUUUCUGUAUCAGAUGGUACUGUGGAGCCGUCCAAAACUCAAAUAACCAAUUGCUGGGAAAUUGUGUCGACACCAUUUCAUAUCGCAAAUUAUGUUGAAUGUAGCUGGCCAGUCAUUCAGACAGCAAUUGAAACACGAAACAUUUCGUAGCAUUACGAUGCUAUGUCGCAAAU